GGAGCCCGGCCGCUGCUCGCGGGCUGCGCUCUGCCUCCGCCGCCGCCGCCGCCGCCAUGGACCUGUUCGGGGACCUACCGGAGCCCGAGCGCUCGCCGCGCCCGGCUGCCGGGAAAGAUGCCCAGAAGGGACCUCUGCUCUUUGACGACCUCCCUCCGGCCAGCAGUACUGACUCAGGGCCAGGGGCACCUUUGCUUUUUGAUGAUCUCCCACCUGCUGGCAGUGGUGAUUCAGGUUCCCUCACCACUCCGACUCCGAUAUCUCUGAUGGUAAAGAAUGAAGGGAAAGGAGCAAAGAGAAAACCCUCUGAAGAAGAGAAGAAUGGCAGUGAAGAGCUUGUGGAAAAGAAAGUUUGUAAAGCCUCUUCGAUGAUCUUUGGCCUGAAAGGCUACGUUGCUGAGCGGAAGGGAGAACGGGAGGAGAUGCAGGAUGCCCACGUCAUCCUGAACGACAUCACAGAGGAGUGCCGGCCCCCGUCAUCCCUCAUUGCCCGUGUUUCCUACUUUGCUGUUUUUGAUGGACAUGGAGGAAUCCGAGCUUCAAAAUUCGCUGCACAGAAUUUGCAUCAGAACUUAAUCAGGAAAUUUCCGAAAGGAGAUGUAGUCAGUGUUGAGAAAACCGUGAAGAGAUGCCUCUUAGACACUUUCAAGCACACCGAUGAGGAGUUCCUUAAACAAGCUUCUAGCCAGAAGCCUGCUUGGAAAGAUGGGUCCACUGCCACGUGUGUUCUGGCUGUAGACAACACUCUUUAUAUUGCCAACCUCGGAGACAGUCGGGCCAUACUGUGCCGCUACAAUGAGGAGAGUCAGAAACAUGCAGCCUUGAGCCUCAGCAAAGAGCACAACCCCACCCAGUACGAAGAGCGGAUGCGGAUACAAAAGGCUGGAGGGAACGUCAGGGACGGGCGUGUCUUGGGUGUGCUGGAGGUGUCCCGUUCCAUCGGGGACGGGCAGUACAAGCGCUGCGGGGUUACUUCUGUGCCUGACAUCAGACGUUGCCAGCUGACUCCCAAUGACAGGUUCAUUUUGCUGGCCUGUGAUGGUCUCUUCAAGGUUUUCACCCCAGAAGAAGCUGUGAACUUCAUCUUGUCCUGCCUCGAGGAUGAGAAGAUCCAGACCCGGGAAGGGAAGCCCGCCAUUGAUGCCCGCUACGAGGCAGCGUGCAACCGGCUGGCCAGCAAGGCAGUGCAGCGGGGCUCAGCCGACAACGUCACGGUGAUGGUGGUGCGGAUCGGGCAGUGAGGGCCAGCACGGGAGGGCACUCAAGGUUCACUCUGUGUGUGUGCACAUGUGUGUUUGUGUACUCCUGCGGGACUCCAUGCUUGUAAAUAAACGGUUUUUUUGUUUUUUG